UUUCGUUCAAAAUCAGCUGAUUGUAGCUGAUCCCGAAACAAUGUCCUGUAUAGAAUAGAAUCUGUUUUUGUUUUUACCAUGAAUAAAAAUCUGAAGUCCCCAACGAAGUUAACUGAAUUUGCUCCCCUGCAGGCAGAAGAGAAACAGGCCAAAGUUGGACAAUUUUUCUCCAAGUUCUUCAAACGGGCAACAGCCACUGUAGAGACUGUAAGCAAUCCAGAAACAAACGCAGACAAUGUAUCUCAGGAAGCCUUGCCUUCUUGGGCUAUUGACAAGGAGGCAGAACCACAUCAAGAAACUGUUGUGUAUAAUGUUGAUGUGACAGAUGGAAGGAGCCUACCGAAUGUCUUGAAAAGGAUCAUCAACUUGCUGGCAAUGAAAAGUAAUAAUUUGCAAGCCUACUCAGAUUCAGAUCUUAAACAAUAUUGGAUGCCUGAUAGUGUGAGCAAAGAAUGUUAUGAGUGCUGUGAAAAAUUUACAACAUUCCGCAGGAGACACCACUGUCGGGUUUGUGGUCAGAUAUUUUGUUCUUCUUGCUGCAAUCAACAAAUUCCAGGAAAAAUUUUUGGUUGCACAGGGGAUUUGAGAGUAUGUACUUACUGUUGUAAAGUAGUAUUGUCAUACCUAAAGUCCUCUGAUAUAAGUUCAGAUUUGAAUAGUGAUUUAAAGGUGCUUCAAGAGAGUUUAAGGGGCAGAUGUUCUAGUACUUCAUUAAACCAAAAUUUAUUAUCACCUAAUGCAAAUUCAGUGAAGUCAAUAGAAGCAGGUGGUACUUUAAAGAGAAAGAUCUCUGUUGGGUAUCAAGAAGAGAAGUUUGCUGCUGGAAGAUCAUCUGUAAGUUACUUAUCUAGUGAAGAAAAACUCAGGGCUCUGCAGAACUCCACAUCACUUCGAAAUUUGUAUGAAGAAAUUUCUAAACCCAACUCGGGAAUUGAAUUCACUUCACGCCGAUACCGUUUGAGGAAUUACAACGAUUGCCUCAUGGGUUCGGAAUUGGUCGAUUGGCUGAUCCGUCAACAGAAGGCAAAUUCGAGGAUACAAGCUUCCGCACUUUGCCAAGCUCUUCUUGAUGGUGGAUACAUGGUUUGCAUCUCUGAACCUUGUACGUUUAUAGACGGAAUGUCUUUGUACAAAUUGGGAGUCGUCUCGUCGCCGGAGGUGAUACAAUCGGAACAAACAUUUGAAGCCACUAAUCAGGAUGAACCCAGUUGGGUGCAAUAUGUUCCACACGAAACCAGUACAAAUGAUUCCGAAAAUGAGCAACUUUCACCAAAGAACCUACAACUCACUUCAUCUUCUUCUUAUACUUUAGAUUUAAAUGUAGGAGCCAACACUGUUUAUCUCUCGAGACCUCCGAUUUCUUCGGGAAGCAUUGAUGAGAGCGAUGCGGAUCUGCAGAAGUGCCAAAUCGCUUGCAAUGAUACGACCAUGGUGAGGACCUCGGAACAGAGAGAGUUUGUACCUGAAUCAGGAUGGCACAAUGUAACGUUGUUGAGGGAGGAAAAUGGAGAGAAGGCGGCUUAUGAAGUUUUAUCAAACGCAUUCUCUCAACACGAAUCUUCUCUAUGCAAACAGUUGCUGAGUGUGAAUGGAUUAUCUUUAACAUGGAGCGAAUAUAUUUUACCGUUAGUUCGAGAAAUAGUGGAUGUUAUCCGUCCAGACGUAAACCAUGACGCUGAAGAAUUAGAUAUAAGACAAUACGUUAAGUUUAAAGUUGUUAGUGGUGGACAUCGCAGUAACUGUGAACUGGUGCGUGGAAUAGUUUGCAGUAAAAAUGUGGUACAUAAAGCUAUGUCCGUCAAAUUGGAAAACCCCAAAAUAUUAUUACUUGAAGGUUCAAUUGUUUACCAAAGAACUGAAGGCAGGCUGAUGUCAUUGGAACCUGUAUUAAUGCAGGAACAUGAAUACUUAAGACACGUAGCGGCGCGCAUCAACGCACUUCAACCAAAUAUAGUUAUAGUACAAAAAAACGUCUCUCGUUUGGCCCAAGAUCUCCUCCGAGAACAAGGUGUUACAUUAGUCAUCAACGUUAAACAAAAGAUUUUGGAACGCAUUUCACGUUGCACUCAGGCCGACAUAAUCUCUCCAGUUGAUGUUCACAUUGGACGUCCCAGAUUGGGAACAUGCAAAAAGUUCUAUUUGAGAACUUUUGAGGUCGAGAGAGGAAGAAGUAAAACUUUAAUGUAUUUCGAAGGAUUACCAAACGCUCAUCUCGGUGCAACGGUUUUACUUAGGGGAGGUUUCAAGUCCGAACUAGUUCAUCUGAAGAACGUUAUGUCUUUCUUACUAUUUGCCUGCUACAAUUGGCGGCUGGAAAAGUCGUUAUUGAUGGAUGCAUUCGCUGUUCCGCCAAAUAACAAAUACGAAUUCUUUGAUGAAAGCAAGGAAAAUUCGCCAAUAACAGAAGUCGCAAAGUUCGAAACGAAAGUGAAGAAGAUCGACGAGAAAGCGAAACCAGAAAUUGUCAAAGAAUCCAUCAAUGAUUUUAGUGAUCCGCUACAUUCAUGCAAAGUCGAGGACUUUAAAGAAAAUUGCGAGAAACUUUCAGUGGCUGAACUUCCGUUAUCAAAUCAUUUCCGAAAAGCUUUGGACGAUACAAUAUUGUGCAUCUCACCGUAUUUAGUAUUUUCCAUGCCAUACCUAGAAACUGAGAAUGGUAGGAAAUGUAGACUACGCAACUUUUUUCCUGAACAAAUUUACUACAGCGAUCAAUUCAGCAAUCAAAAGAAGAAACGGUCCCUUAAGGAGGAUAACAUUGAUUUGGUUAACAACAUUGAUCAUUUAAAAUCGCCACAUGAAUUUGUGACUACCAGUAUUUGCACAAACGUUGAUUCCAAUGACAUUCAAGCUGUAUUAGCGAAUUUCCGAGCCGUCGGUGGUCGCCUACCAAAGAAACAGGUAUUGGAUAUAGUUUGCACUGAGGAUGAUAGAGUUGAGAAGAAGGAGAAGUUUUUGGAUCCGAGGAAUGUUUUUGAUCCACGCAACCACCAGCGUUUAGCCGUAUUAUUUUGCAGUUUUAGUCAAAAUUCCAGCAAUGCACCAGCAUUCUGUGUUAACCCAUGGGUCGUGACCAUGGAUUUUUACGGAAGAAAUGAUAUACCAUUGGGUUGCUUUUUGGAGCGCUACUGCUACAGGCCGACGUACACUUGCCAAUCGAAAUGUGAUACGCCCAUGAUGCAACACACCAGGCGUUUCGUCCAUUAUAAUGGAUGCGUUAGCAUCUCUUUAUACCAUGUUGAAAAAUCUAUGGAAGAGAAAAUUAUUAUGUGGAGUUGGUGUUCCAAAUGUCAGAUCGUAUCUCCGAUGGUUCCAAUGUCUAGCGAUACUUGGUCAUGUUCAUUUGCAAAGUAUUUGGAGCUCAGAUUCCACGGUGGAAUAUAUACGAGGCGCUCGAACACUUUGUGCCAGCAUAGUUUACAUCAUGACUACCACCAAUACUUUUCGUACAAGGAUGUAGCUGUAUGUUUUAAAUACACAACUGUUCAACUUUGGGAGAUAUAUCUACCUUCGUUCACAAUUGAAAUGCAUUACAGUUCGAGCAAGCAACAGUGUGAGUUAAUUGAGGAAAUGAAGGUUCUAGCGUCAAAAGGUCAUGAUAUAUUUUCCUUGGUUAGUGAGCAAUUGGCGUUGCUUCCGCAUGAAGUUGAUAUAGUUAAAACUUACAAGCAAAAUUUGGCAAAGGAUCAAUCGAUAUUCAAACAAAGAAUAGAAGAAAUCCAGUUGAAACUAACCUCACCGACUAUAGAGAAUAAAGAAAACGACUUCAAAGAUCCGAAUCUUGAGCUUCAGAGAGCUUUCUGGCGAAUUUCCGAUGCUUUAGUAAGAAUUAAGAGGAUGAUCGUUGAAACUGUCGAUGUGUGGAAAACAAAACUAUCGGAUGCUGCUAUUAAAAAGGAAGAGAAGAAGAAGGAUCGGAAUUCCCACCAGGAGCUGGAGAGUCCGAGUUCAGAAACUCGGUAUUUGCUAUCGGAAACUUCGGAUUCGGAGGGUAAUAAAGAUGAACCAACAAACGUCGGUAUAAUUACAAAGAAAAAUAGAAGCUUGGAUCAAGGCGAUGAGGAUCCCAAGGCUUCUCCAAAGUGUCAUCAAAGGUCCCAAUCAGAUGGUACGGUUUUAUCACAAUUAGAAGAUGUAUGCGAUGGAAAAAAAGAAGUUGACAGAAAGUCGGUGAAAAAUAUUUUCUCUAUAUUCUCAAGCACACCUUUUACGAUACCCCCACCAUUUAAUAACAAUGAGCAUUACACCUUGGCAUCAGGUGUGUAUGCUCCUAUCGUUGUGUAUGAAAACGAGCCUAGUUCGAUUGUGGCGUACGCUCUGAAUUCGUUUGAGUAUAAGAAGGUUUUUGAAGAAUUAUCUGGGAAGAAGCCGCAAAGUGCGGAACAAACUCCGAGUCCCGUUCACAAGAGGAAAAACCAAAGCGAUAGAAGUGAGAGAGGCGAAAGUGGAGAAUUUGGCGCUUCUAACGAGAAAACUUCCGGUUUAUUAUCCUUCUUAAGAAAUAAGGAAUCUAAGAGUGAUAUCUCUAAUUCCGCAACGGCGAACGUCUCGGAGAUGAGUCAAUCAUUUGAGGCGCCGCCUGUCGAAAAGGUGGAAGAUCAUAAGAAGAGCAAGACCGAACAUAUUGAAAUACAAUUCGAAGAUGUCAAUUGCAAUUUCUUCUGCAGGAUUUUUUGUGCAGAGAAAUUUGCUACAUUGAGAAAGUCCGUUCUGCCGAUCGGUGAGGAAGCUUACAUAAGAUCUCUGUCGAGGUCCGUGCAAUGGAACGCACGCGGUGGUAAAUCCGGAUCAACUUUCUGCAAGACCAUGGACGACAGAUUUAUACUUAAGGAGAUGCCUAAGUCCGAAGUGCAAUUGUUCUUAGAGUCAGCACCGAGUUACUUUGCAUAUCUGCAUAGGUGCCUAUCAGCAGCACAACCUACUUUACUCGGUAAAAUCAUCGGAAUUUACCAAAUUAUCUAUAGGAACGUGACGACAAACGCAACUCUAAGAACUCAUUUAUUGGUUAUGGAAAAUCUCUUUUACAAUAGAGUUGUAACCCAGAAGUUCGAUUUGAAGGGAUCGAUGAGGAAUAGGCUAGUCAAUCCUGAUAAUCAAGAUGGAGAGAUCGUCCUAUUGGAUGAAAAUCUACUAAAAAUGACCUGCGAUAAUCCGCUGUAUGUUCUACCUCAUUCAAAGGCUGUGCUCAUUGCUGCGAUUCAAAACGAUACAGAGUAUCUUUCUACACAAUCAGUUAUGGAUUAUUCGUUGCUCGUCGGAUUGGAUUCUGAGAAUAAGGAGCUAGUAUUAGGAAUUAUUGAUUAUAUUCGUACCUUUACUUGGGAUAAGAAGUUGGAAACUAUAGUUAAGAAAACUGGUCUAUUGGGAGGUCAAGGCAAGUUGCCUACCAUAAUUUCACCGCAAGAGUACCAAAAGAGAUUCGAAGACGCCAUGCAUCGUUACUUCCUUGAGGUACCGGAUCCUUGGGCGGGAUUAGGAAAAGGAUUAGAGUAUUAAGAGCAUUCCCUAUGAAACAAGAAUAACCGAAAUUAUUAUUACCAUUUUAAUUAUUAUUUUUAAUAUGAUUUUUUUUAUUCAUUUUCUGUUUCUAUGUCAC